AGGGAUGUAUCAUGUUCAAGUUUGAGCCGAACGCAGCAUUUAUUAAUGAUACUGUGCUAUCAAUACUUAUGUUUGAGUGGUGCAUGUGCACUAUAUUUAUGCGGGAACACAGCAAGAAUUUGAAUUGUGUGCCUGUUACCGAUUUUUCGUUCAGAAAAGGCUCAGAGGCUCUUCCGAUGAAUGGAUGAUUGUCUGUUGUCCUAAAGUCUUUGCGGCUGUUCCCGCCGCAGUUAUCGUUCGAGCGUCAGCUACAGCAACGGCAUUUGUAUUAUCGCAGCGUAUCGUCAAUCCGCCAGUCAGCAGAAUUGCCAGUUUCAAUAGUCAACAGGGAAUCGACAGAAAAGCAUUCCAGCCAGUUCGGGUGUCCAUAAAAAGGGAUCGACUGCUUCGGACGCCAGAUGUACUGGGCCUGGACAGAUCUGAGGAUAGUAUCCUAAAUCAAGAACGCACGCUCGUUACCGCGAUGGCUAACAAACCAAAGGUUGUUUUCGUUCUUGGCCCACCCGGCUCCGGCAAGGGAACUCAAUGUGAAAAAAUUGUCAACAAAUUCAACUUUGUUCAUCUGUCCGCUGGAGACUUGCUUCGCGCAGAGCGAAACACACCAGGUUCGCCAUACGGUGAACUCAUUGAAGGUCAUAUACGCAAUGGAACUAUCGUACCGGUCGAGAUAACCUGCUCGCUUAUUGAAAAGGCUAUGAAGGAGUCAGGCAAAGAUUGUUUCCUCAUCGAUGGCUUUCCUCGUAGUCAGAACAACCUUGAGGGUUGGGAAAAACAAAUGAGCGAUAAAGCUGAUGUUCUCUUUGUGCUCCUCCUUACCUGCAGUGAAGAGGUUGCGACGGAGCGUUGUCUGGGCCGUGGACAAGCAGGAAGCGGAAGAUCCGACGACAAUAUUGAAUCACUUAGGAAGCGUUUCCACACCUAUCAAAACGAUACUAUGCCUAUCAUCAAGCAUUACGAAGCCAAAAACAUUGUUCGCACGUUUGAUUCGAAUCGAAAUGACAAAGAGGCAAUUUUUGCCGAUAUCUCAAAAGUGUUUGAAUCUAUCUAGAGCGAUUCUGUAUAGACGUAGGGAUACAAUUUCAAAACCAGCGUGCCCAUCCUUUGUGAAUUGUAGCAUUUUCUUCUGAAACAAAGUUAUUGAUAAAACUACUAUCUGCCCAGGAUAAAAAUUUGGUUUUAGUGUUAGCUAGCGUGUUCAUGAAUGUCAAGAAUUGCGUCAAGAAAAUUUCAGGACCAAUCCUUAUAUUUUGGGUGUGCAUUGUUGAGCUAAUAGUGGCAUUUUGAGUUCUCUUUAUUAUCAAUCGUUAAAGAAUAUGCAUGGAUAUAUUACCUAUUUACCUGAAACUGAAUAGUUAACUUUACAGAUAUUUAGUAGUGGAAACAUUUAGUCGCGACCAUCAUACACCACUUAAUUUAAUUAAGGUUAUUAAUUUGGCCACCACUUUAGUACAUUAUUCAAUCUAACUUAACUCGAUUUCUCAAUAUUAGCUUGAUUAGCAAUUAUAUCACAUGAUGGCUGAAUGCCAAAAGAAUCACAAGAGCCUUUAGCACGUAGCCAGUAAACUAUAUUUGUAUCAGUGGAGUAAAAUGCGUGUUGACAACGAACCUUGGAGAUCGUGUUCGACUACCAGUCUAAAAAUAAAGAUAUAUCCGGUUUAAAUAUUCCGAUAUGCUAGCUAAUGUACUAACGAAUGACGGGUUUCAAUAAGAGCAUCUUAAAAUUAGUUGUUCAAAACAUGAAUAUAAUUUAAUAAAUAAACAUGAGUUAGUUGAAAGAGUUAAAAAGAGUUAGAAGUACGAAAAGUAUCUUAUUUUGUGCUAGUUAUCACUGAUUGGUAUAUUUCAUGGUAAACAUUUUCAUUAAAUAAACUGGGUUACAAUAGAUCCUUGCAUUACAAUAUUUCCCCCUUUGCACGCCUGGAUUCUCUAUGGUUCUUGGAGGAGUAGUUAAUCAAGUUACCACCAGUCCUCCGGUUACUCUAAAAGUUCAACUACAUUUGUACGUUUGAACUUCCCUUGUUUAAAUCGAAAUUUUCGAGUGCUCUUCAAUACCUUAGCUGAUUUGCUAGUUGCCAGGUGACAUUUUGCUGUAGUUAGUAAUUCCUGAAUGCUUAACAAUAAACUAAUAAAGUACAUAUUCUGACUUAAAUUACCUUACCUGAUACGUCAGUGCACAUCGAAGGCACUUUUCAUCACAUUUAGUUUUUCAAAUGUGCACAUGAAAAAUUGAGAAGUUAAACUGAUAGUUGUUGACAGAUAACUCUGACAGAUAAUUCUCAAUUUUUCUUACUUAGUUUUAAUGUUAAUACUUAAUGUUAAUGCAUGCAGUAACUGUUUAAAAUAGUAAGUGUUAAUUUCUGAUAUCGAGGUUAUACAACAGAUUCCAUGCUAUCGCAGUUUUGUGAUAGUGGCAAUGUUGUGUACUACAAUACAUUACUUUUUUCUGAGAGAGAAGAAAGAGAAAUAUACAUUUCUCUUUAGUUCAGGCAAUCGUUACCAUUAUAUAUAUAUAUAUAUAUAUAUGAUGGGGUAUGCCAGGAUGACUAAUGGAACCAAAGACGUGAAUCAUCAGUUAUUUUACAACAGACGUAUGUAUUGAAAGGUAAGCGGGUUUGUGAUAAUUUGUUUCUGGAUGUGGAUUUGUAUUUGUUGCUAUAUGCAGGACGACUAAGAAUCUUAAGAAUGAGAGCAUCUGCAUUUAAACAGGAGUGGCGAAGACGAGCUGUAUACGACAACGACAUACGAGUUAACGUUCACUAUAUCAUUUAAUGGAAGUUAUAUGUGCCGGUAAGGACAGAAUUAUUAUAAUUGUGUUCAAUGCUACUGAUACUUUUUUCGAUGUAUAUUACAGAUGAAUAACACGUAAUUUACGUAUAUAAAACAUCAACGUUGUUUAUUCGACCAUAACCAACAUAAGAUUUUCUCUUCAUCUUCUUUGUUGCCACUCGCAUCUCUAUGCUUGUUACUAUGUUUUCAUUCUUAUUUCUUUCAAUUUCGUUUGCGUUAUUUGAUGUCCUUUUUAUCGUCUAUUCAUUAUCACUACCAGUAAUAUUUUGACGGAGUUCGUUUUUUAUUGUUUUUAAUAAUAUAGUAAUCAUGUUGUCCCUCCCACCAUACGUGGGUCAAUAAGAACUGCCAGUAUCUAUAAAUGUUUUUAGUUUUCUUGUAUAUCGUGUACGAGUCUUUUCGAUAUUUUAUGGCGUAUAUCGUGCUCUUCGCCGCGUUUUUCCGUUGAUCAGUAGUCACACCACAGGUCUGCACUUUCUUACCUUAUUACUGCCUCUAGUUUUGCGACUUUUACAUUAUCAGCUGGGAUCUACGAGUGUUCGUUUCCUUAGUAUGAGAAAGCUAGGAAGGUCAUAUACGGAGAAGAGAGACGGACGAAAUGGGUGGUCGGAAGUGGAAUUUCCUGCAAGAUUUGUUGCAUUGGUGGAAAGUACUAUUAGCUUCUACAAGUAGACCUGCUAGCUAUCGCCAACAUGAAUCGACGAUAGCCUACGUUGCUCUCUAUUAAUCCAUCGUUGAAUGAAUAUAAAUACGACCGAGUUCAUUUUCAUAUUGAAAGAAAAUAAAACUAGACAAAUGCAUGUAUCUAAUACGUCCUUUGUUAUUCAGUGACGUCUCAAAAAA